CUUUUCUGGUUUUUAUAACAAAACAUUUUCUCUUCUCCUUACAGUUUCAGUUUUUUCGAGAUGUACAAUGAAUGCAGUUCUCCUUCUUCCGCUAGAUCAACGAGAAGUACUACCCACAGAAUGAGAUCUCCGAUCUGCUGCCUAGGAGCCAACGCGGUGGUUGAACCUGAAGCGAUGAUCGGACCGAGAACACCUCGAUCUCCUUACGAGUGGCUCAAAUCCACGGCGCAGGAGCUCGAGCUCAGAGAACGUUGCCGCCGGGUCAAGACACGCGUCAAGGUUACGUGCCGCAACAACAACUGCGCUCAUCACAACCACCACCACCACCAGAGACACCAGAGCCAGAGCUAUCCUGUGGAUUUCAGCUACGAUGCGUUGAGCUACGCCCUCAAUUUCGAGGACGAUGUACGUGCGGACGAGGACGGUUCUUUCCCUAAUUUCACGGCGAGGUUGCCUGCAUCUCCGGUUACAAAGCCUAGAUCGGCGAGGGUUGAUCUGAUCUCGUUCUGACCGUUAAGUAGUAGUCCCUUUGUUCGUGUGACGGCGAAAUGUGAAUGUUCUCCGUUGUGCUUAUUUGAGAAAUAACGUACGAGUAUGACGUCAUUAUUGUCUAUGUAAAUGCUCUUUCGCAUAUUGAUAAUGUGUGGAAAAAAAAGAAUCAUUUUCUAUAUAUGUAGCUCUCUCUCAUCUUUCUUUGUAAAUAAGCAUUUACUAUUACAAUAUACAAAUCUAAUCAAUUUCACUUCA